AUGGAGACUAACGUUGUACUAGUGCUGCUGGUGGGACUGCCGGGAUCAGGCAAGACUACACUUUGCAGGGCACUCAAGACACACCAUGAGGAGCUCCAUGACAGAGGGAGGCUGGUGGUGAUUCACUUAUGUUAUGAUGACUUGAUUCCAUUGUCUGUUCAGAGAGAGUUUGCAGAGCAGAAAAGGACUGAAGGCCAGCAGUGUGGUGAAGAACUGAAAGGGAAGGAAGGGAAGGAGAGUUGCAAGGUGGAGGGUAGCAAGGACAGAGGAGUGAAUAAGGAUAUGACUGAUGGUAUUGGUGAUGAUUGGAAGAGUGCACGACGCAAGAUCCACACCCAAGUUGAUCAGUUUGUCCAGUACCUAACCACUGGCAAGGCUAACUCAGGGGUUGUAAAUUUCCCUAGUGUUUCACUUGAAGAAUUAGGAAGUGGUUCUAAAUUUGUAAUUCUCUUGGAUGACAAUUUCUACUACAGAAGCAUGAGAUAUGAAUACUUCCAGCUUGCCCGGAGGCACAGUGCAGCGUUCUGCCAGCUGUACCUACACUGUAGCAUGGAGGAAGCUGUACUGCACAAUGACAUGAGGGAAGAGAGAGUGCCGACAGGUGUGUUGACAGCCAUGGCAGAGCGCAUGCAGGCUCCACAGGCACAUAUGCACGUGUGGGAAGCCAACACCUGUGUACUGAACACAGGUGUGGGGCAGCUGUCUGAGGCUUGGAAUGCUGUGAUCCAGUCCUUCCAGAUGGGACUCCUCCCCCUUCAGGACAGAGAAAAGGAGGUGGCUGAGGCUCGGCAGCGCUGCUCUGAGAGUGUUGUUCAUCAAGCUGAUCUUUGCCUCAGAGCCAUAGUGAAGUACCUGGUGAAAGAGAAGCUGCAGCAUGUGGACAAGAGAAGUGAGCCAGCUUCCCAGGUGGCUGCACGCAUCAAUGCUGCUCGGCAAGCAGUGCUGGCUGGCCUGAGGGCAGGAGCAGAGGUGCCGCACCAUCUGGCAGAGAGUGUCACCCAAGUCAACAAGCAUGAAUUUGAGACAUUUUUGGAGGCUGAAAUUAAGAAAAUUAUUUCAGAGUAAUUCUCAUUAAGUUUUAUCAAAGAAAUGAGGUAUUAUUAUAUGUGUUAUCAUAUUUAAUUGAAUUCAAUGAAUAAUUUCUUUUCACAAGAUGUCAAAAGAGAAGCAUUGAUUAAACAAUGAGACAGCUGAUAAGGAAUAGAUUCAAAUUAUGUAGAGUCAAAAGCAAUUGUGUAAACAGGAGCUCUGCCUUGACAUAAAGGAUGUGCAGAUGUAAAUAAUUGUACAAUGAAGACAAUAGGAUUUGUACAUUAUGAACCAGUAAAGAUGGGAAAACCAUAAA